UGUUAAAAUUAAAGUGAAUAAUAUUGGUUAGAUCCCAGAUUAUCCAAUAAUAAAAACGCCAACAAAACAAACAACUAUGGUUUGGAAGAAUACGGGAAAAUAUAAAGCAGAUAAAGAUGGUGUUACGACAGCAUCUGGCGAAGGAGCAGGCCGAGAAGACGGUACAGAAAAACGUCUCCAGCGCACACAAAUAAAUGAUGAAAUUGAUGAGCGGUUUGGCUUUAAGCGCUACAAAGAUCCAGCAGAGAAGACGGGAUGGCUUAUUAAUAUGCAUCCAACCGAUAUUCUGGAUGAGAACAAGAGGAUGAUCAGUGCUGUAGAUUAUUACUUCCUACAAGAAGAUGGGUCGGCAUUCAAGGCGACACUACCAUUCAAGACCUAUUUCUAUGUGGCUACUAAACAAGGAUGUGAGCGGGAAGUAGCGUCGUAUCUUACAAGGAAGUUCUCGGGGAAAAUUGCUUCAAUUGAAAGUGUUAACAAAGAAGACUUAGAUCUUCACAACCACCUUGUGGGUUUGAAGCGAACCUACCUUCGCCUUUCAUUUUUGCAUGUUGAUGAUCUUCAGAGCGUGAAGAAAGUGAUUUUUCCUGCAGUUCGUAAAAACAAGGAGCGUGAGAAGCAAAAUGAAGCAUACACAUCUAUGUUGUCAAGCCACCUGACUGGGGAAGAUAGUGAAUUGAUUUCCAAGAAGAUAUCCGACCAGUUGGACAAUAUCAUUGAUAUCAGAGAAUAUGAUGUUCCGUAUCACAUGAGAGUCAGCAUUGACUUGAAGAUCUUUGUUGGUCACUGGUACUCCAUCCAGGGACGCGGCAGUGCGGCUCCGAUCAUUCGCCUCAGAGACGAUCUUGUCGAUAGACCUGAACCUGUAGUGCUAGCGUACGACAUCGAAACAACAAAACUGCCGCUGAAGUUUCCCGACUCUCAAGUGGACCAGAUUAUGAUGAUCUCAUACAUGAUAGAUGGACAGGGUUUUCUGAUCUGUAACAGAGAAAUUGUAUCUCAGGAUGUGGAAGACUUCGAAUACACUCCACGUCCAGAGUUUGAGGGGCCAUUUACAGUGUUUAAUGAGCCUGAUGAAGCUUCAACCAUACAGCGGUUCUUUGACCAUAUUUUGGAUGUUAAGCCGCAUGUGUAUGUUACAUACAAUGGAGACAGUUUCGAUUGGCCGUUUGUGGAGACGCGAUCGGGAUUCCAUGGUAUUGAUAUGUAUCGACAGAUUGGAGUACAGAAGGAUAAUCAGGGAGAAUACAAGUCACGGACAUCAAUACACAUGGACUGUUAUAGAUGGGUCAAAAGAGACAGCUAUCUUCCCGUUGGCAGUCAGAAUUUAAAAGCUGUAGCCAAGGCCAAACUGAGAUACGACCCGGUAGAGUUGGAUCCUGAAGAGAUGUGUCGAAUGGCUAGUGAAGAACCACAGGUGUUGGCCAACUAUUCAGUGUCUGAUGCUGUUGCCACGUAUUACCUGUACAUGAAAUACGUCCACCCGUUCAUCUUUGCAUUGUGCACCAUUAUUCCCAUGGAACCGGAUGAGGUUUUGCGUAAAGGCUCCGGAACAUUAUGUGAGGCUCUGCUCAUGGUACAGGCUUACCAUGCCAACAUUGUGUUCCCCAACAAACAGGAGUCUGCCCUGAACAAACUGACGGAAGACGGACAUGUUCUAGAUUCAGAGACAUACGUUGGCGGCCAUGUUGAAGCGUUGGAGUCUGGAGUCUUCAGAGCAGACCUUCCUUGCAGAUUCAGGAUGGUGCCAGAAGCGUUCCAGAUGUUGAUAGAUAACAUAGAACGAACAAUGAAACACGCUAUAGAGGUCGAAGAAAAGAUCCCCAUGAACACAGUGACAAAUUUUGAUGAGAUUGUGUCUGACAUUUCUGAACGGUUAUCUAUGUUACGAGACUGUCCGAACCGACUUGAAAACCCGAUAAUUUAUCAUCUCGACGUGGCCGCCAUGUACCCCAACAUUAUCCUUACUAACAGGCUACAGCCUCCUGCCAUUGUUGGUGAAGCAACGUGUGCGGCAUGCGACUUCAACAAACCAGGAGCUCAGUGUCAGCGUAAUAUGCCGUGGAUGUGGAGGGGAGAAUUCAUGCCUGCAACAAGAAGUGAGUUUCAUCGGAUUCAGCAGCAGCUAGAAAAUGAGAAGUUUCCUUCGUUUUUCCCCGGACAAGAAUCGAGAGCAUUUCAUCAACUGCCAAGAGAAGAACAAGCCAAUAUUGAGAAGAAAAGAUUAGCUGACUACUGUCGCAAAGCUUACAAGAAAACGAAAGAGAAAAGAAUGGAAGAACGAACAGCGACGGUUUGCCAGCGUGAGAAUUCUUUUUAUGUGGACACCGUGAGGGCAUUCCGAGACCGGCGGUAUGAGUUCAAGGGCCUGACGAAGGUGUGGAACAAGAAACUGGCCGAGGCGAAGGCGUCUAGAGAUGCGGGCGAGAUCAAACGAGCGAACGGGAUGGUUGUCUUGUAUGACUCGCUGCAGCUCGCACACAAGUGUAUUCUCAACUCGUUCUAUGGAUAUGUCAUGAGGAAAGGAGCUCGCUGGUACAGUAUGGAGAUGGCCGGCAUUGUGUGUUACACCGGUGCUAACAUUAUCAAGAAAGCCAGGGAGAUUGUCGAACAAAUAGGGCGGCCUUUAGAGUUGGAUACUGAUGGUAUCUGGUGUGUUCUGCCAGCAACAUUCCCGGAGAACUACGUAAUCAAAACAACCAACUCAAAGAAGCCCAAAGUGACAAUAUCCUAUCCUGGUUCAAUGCUCAACGUCAUGGUCAAGGAUCACUUCACGAACCACCAGUAUCAGGAGCUUGCGGACACGUCGCGUCUCGAGUACACCCUCCGCAGCGAAAACUCCAUUUUCUUUGAGGUGGACGGUCCGUAUCUCGCCAUGAUUCUUCCCGCAUCCAAGGAGGAAGGGAAGAAACUGAAGAAGAGAUACGCCGUCUUCAACUUCGAUGGUUCUCUUGCUGAAUUAAAGGGUUUUGAAGUGAAGAGACGAGGUGAGCUACAGCUGAUAAAGAUUUUCCAGUCUUCAGUGUUUGAGGCGUUCCUCAAAGGGAAGACGCUGGAUGAGUGCUAUGGAGCAGUUUCUAAGAUUGCUGACUAUUGGCUGGAUGUCUUGUACAGCAAGGCUGCCAACAUGCCCGAUUCAGAACUGUUUGAGCUGAUUUCGGAAAACCGGAGCAUGUCGCGGAAACUGGAGGACUACGGAGAACAGAAAUCCACGUCCAUUAGUACUGCCAAACGGCUGGGUGAGUUUCUUGGUGACCAAAUGGUGAAGGAUGCUGGUUUAGCUUGCCGAUUCAUUAUUGCCAGGAAACCGGAUGGCGCUCCCGUCACAGAAAGAGCCAUUCCACUGGCAAUAUUCCAAGCUGAGCCGAGUAUCAAAAAACAUUAUUUACGCAAGUGGCUGAAACAGUCAUCCAUGUCGGAAUUUGACAUCAGAGAAAUUCUGGACUGGCGUUACUACAUAGAACGUCUUGGUGGAACCAUACAGAAAAUUGUCACCAUACCAGCUGCCCUGCAAAACAUCGCAAAUCCUGUUCCGAGAAUUCCGCAUCCUGAUUGGCUACACAAGAAACUUCUCGAGAGAAACGAUGUCUUCAAACAAAAGAAAAUCAGUGAAAUAUUUGCUCCAGUUGCAAGACCUGUGGUAGAUGAAGAUUCCCAGGAGAUCCCGAGUUCACAACCAACAGUGACUGACAUCGAAGACAUUGGGUCUCAGAACACGCAGAGUUCGGUCGGAGCGGUGUCACACAAACGGAAACGGGACGUGUCGGGCGCUGACGGGAAUGAAACGUCACAGAACACCGAGUCUUCUCAAAACUGGAGAGAGCAGCUUGGACCACCGCCACCGAUGGGAACCACUAAAGAAGAAAGGAAGGUCUGGGUUGAGUAUCACAAGAAGAAAUGGCAGCUGCAGGCGAAGGAGAAACAGGAACGCAAGAGAAGACGGACAGAUUUUGACGUGUCUACCAUUGGACAGAUGGCGCCGACACGGGGGCUGGGCGGAUUUCUGAGACGCAAGGCUCGCAGUAUGAUGGACAUGCCUUGGCAGAUUGUUCAGCUGAUGCCAUCAGGUCAUGGAGGUCAGUUCAAGCUGUGGGCUCUGAUUGGUUCAGAUCUGCAUGCCAUGAAGCUGAUCGUUCCUCGCAUAUUUUAUGUAAAUCAGAAGAACCCCAAGGAAGGAGAAGGCGCAAUGUGGCGUAAAGUCCAGAAAACUCUGCCAAGAUCACACAGUGUGUUUAACUUGUAUGAAUACUCGGUGCCAGAAGAUGUAUACGAAGAUCACAUCAAUGACAUCAACGCCGACCUGUCAUCACCUGACAUCGAGGGAGUGUACGAGACCCAGGUUCCGCUGCUGUUCCGCACUCUUGUACGUCUCGGCUGUCUCACCACUGUCAACAGAGAGUUCGCAAACGCCAUGGCGGGAAAGGAAACGGACACAUUUGAGCUUGAGAAUCUUGAAUUCCGAACAAUGGCGCAGUUCUCUUACCUUGAUCCUGGUUCCAUGAAACAUCUCUACCUCUAUCACCACAUAUGUGGAAGCAAAAUAAUGUUUGGUCUGUUUAUGCCAAUGUCAAAGAAGGCGACCAUCUUUGUUGUGGACACUGUGCGUAGUGACCAGAUGCCAAAUCUUACCACUCUCUACAACACAGAGAGAAACGCAAAAGUUGCCAAAGGUUCCGAUGAAGACCUGCUGCCCCCUGGUGGCCACACGUUUGAGUCAAAGCUCGAGAAGGAUGUAAAACAAGUCUACCGCAUGAUUCAGCGUCUGCUCUCUGCAUACAAGGAUGAGAAAAGAGGACCAACGUUUAUUGCAAUACAGUCUCCACAGGAUUUCCAACAUCUGACCUCAGUGAUGCCUGGCCUGAAUGACUUCCCUUUGGUUCCGAUACAUAUAACUGACAGAGACAAUCUGUACAGUGUGCUAGACUGGCAAAGAGUUGGAUGUCGCAGGAUGCUACAACACUACCUAAAUGUGGACAUCAUUCUGCAGGCGAUGAUGGAGCAGUGCCGGUAUCUGCACAUACCAAUAGGGAACAUGCCCAAGGACAUCACUCUGUUCGGAUGUGACCUGCUGUUUGCUCGACAUCUACACAAGUACAACCACCUGCUGUGGUGCUCUCCCACAGAGCGGCCAGAUUUAGGAGGGAAAGAAGCAGACGACAAUAGAUUGAGCAUGGAGCUUGAAGAGAGCUUGACAGUUGAACUCAACAACUCUGGUAGCUACACUACUGUAUGUGUGGAGCUUGACAUAGCCAGCUUGGCUGUGAACACCAUUAUAGAGUCGGCCCACGUGAAUGACCAGGAGGGCGCUAGUGCUGUGAGUUUCGACACCAUGCCACAGACGUCCCUCGAAGAGAUGGUUCAAGGUCAGGGCGCGGCCACGAUGCUGGCCAGCUACGAUGAAACAGCUCUCUGUUCUACAACAUUCAGGAUCUUGAAGAGUGUGGUCCACAGCUGGGUGCGGGAGGUCACCACAUACGGAAAUGUGUUCGCCGACAAUCAGAUUAUUCAUUUCUACAGAUGGAUUCGGUCUCCCUCUGCGUUACUGUACGACCCAGCGCUUCGUCGCAUGCUACACAACAUGAUGAAGAAACUGUUCAUGCAGAUCAUCGCUGAAUUCAAGCGGCUUGGUUCGACGAUCGUCUACGCCAACUUCAACCGCAUCAUCCUGUGUACGAAGAAGCGGCGUCUGGUGGACGCGAUGGCGUACGUGGAGUACAUCACGAACAGCAUCCGGUCGCGGGAACUCUUCCACCUCGUCGACAUGACCUACGAACAGUGCUGGGAGAUGCUUAUGUGGCUGGACCCAGCAAACCAUGGUGGUGUGAAGGGAAAGCUGCCAUCAGUGACGGAUUCAGCAGAAAACAAAGAUUCUGAUGACGAGGACAGCGAGAUGACUGAAGACAAGGAAGAACAAACUAAUUCAGCAGAUACUGAAGACGAGCCUGAGAUCGAGAUGAACUGGAACAUGAUGUCAUUCCUCCCGGAAGCUGCAGCUUGUCAAACCAACUUCAAUUUGAUUGUCGCUGGCUACAUUCUGUCCAUGUACAACCACAUAAUAGAAGAACAGCAGCGAGUUCAGCCCGGAAACACACCUGUCCGUCGCCGUGGAGACAGCAGCCAGUCACAGCAGCCAGCAGUAGACUCAUCGGCCACUCCAUCCACGGUGUCAUUUGCUCAGGAGUUAGUUCAGGGAGAGUUGGCACAGCAGAUGUUUGCCUUGACACAGAAGAUUCAAAAGAAGUUGUCUGGGAACAGAAGUAACCAUGGCAACCUGGCUGUCGAAUUCCCACAGCUUCCUGGGUCUCAUAUACCACUUAACAAUCCUGCUUUGGAGUUUGUCAAGUGUAUUUGUAAGGUUUUAAUGCUGGACAGUAAUAUCACAAUACAAGUGACCAAGCUGAAGCGAGAUCUACUCAAGCUGAUUGGUGUCGGGGAGUUUGCAGCAGAAGCGCAGUUUGUCAAUCCAUGUCUCUCUUACGUCUUACCAGAGGUCAUCUGUAAAAGCUGUAAUGCUGUCCGUGACCUUGACCUCUGCCGAGAUCCUUACCUCAGCCAAGAUGCUUCUGGAUCUCUGUGGGCGUGUGUCCAGUGUAAAGUGGAGUACGACAUCACCGAGAUAGAACAGAAUCUUGUGGACACCGUGCAGCGCAAGUCAAUGGCUUACAUCUUACAAGAUCUCAAGUGUCUAAAAUGCAAAGGGAUAAAAGACAACAACAUGAAAAAAUAUUGUUCAUGUGCUGGUGAAUAUGACAACACUGUUUCACUCGAGGAUUUUGGUCAACAACUUCAAACAUUUAAAGGAAUUGCCAGCUUCUACAAGAUGACAUGGCUCUUGGAACGUGUUACAUGGUUGAUGAACAUGAAUCCAGUGUUGCUGCACUGAUGAACUGCAAAAUUUACAUUUUCAAUUAAAACUCUACACUUUACCAUUUCCAGUCACAGAUACUGCCAAAUAAUCUACAAAGAAAAAGUGCUACAUAGUUCAAACAUAUGAAUCAUCUGUUGCCAUGGUGAAUUUCACGUUACGUCCAGUGUUGUUAUGGCAAUUAAUUCAAAUGGUAAAUAAUGUGGAUCUUGUGUAGUCAUGACGAUACCUCCCGUUAUUUUUUUUUUAAAAUAUAUUUAUAACUGUGUUUAAAAUGUCGGGGACCAAUUUCACAAUACAUUCUAAGUGUAGUAUUGAACACAAACGCAAAUCCACAAAUAAAACACAGUUGAUUUCAUUAGAAACAGUACAACUGAAAUAGAUCAAAACAUAUAUAAAUCAGCUUUUUUUGGUCCAUCUUCCAUAGUUUUCUGUGUGAAAUAUAUGCCAAAACAUUUAAAUGUAUGACAUGUGUAACUGCUAGUUACAAUGUUUUGUGAAAUUGGCUUCAGUUCUUUUUGGACAUAUUUCGUGGUUAGAAGUGUUAGUUGUAUUGAUGUUUCAGAGAUGAAUAUUCUCACGAUUGUCAUGGAAUGCCAGUAUUUAACAGUACCAAAAACGUUUGUUUUCUUUGGUGAAAAGCUCUCGGCAAAAGUUGUUUCAUGUCUAGUGUUUGCAAGAAAACGUGUUUUGUCUUUACUGUUUUACAUGAUGAGCAUUAGCCUUCCUUUGUAAGUUGCAGAUUCUAUUAGACGAUACUGCGACCAGCUAAGUGGGCUCAAACUUAACGACGGCACCAAUGGCAAUUGCCGUCAUUGAGAUAUAAAUUGCUGUAGAUAGAGAGCAUCACCAAUGGUACUUUUGUGCCAUCGGUAAAGCUCCCCAGCAAUGGCAAAAUGUAUACACCUGGUUUACAGUAACUGCCAAUAUUUAACAUUUGCACGUUUGAAAUAUGUUUACGUACAGCAAAAUAACCUUUCAGUCAUGUUUAUUUGCUGCAAAUAUUACUUCAAAAUUUUUUGCGAUAGGCAGGUUCAAAAUUGCUGUCGGUGGGCCAUUUCACCCAUGGCAAAUCUUUUAAAAAUUGUAGUGGGAGACAAAUUCUAAAGUUCGAGCCCUGAGAUAUUGAACAACUCUGAUGACACAAUAAAUCAGAAAGAAAUUACUUUGUAGUAUACUGUUUGAGAUUUAUAUCACAUGGUGAGAUCAAAUUAAGUAAACAGGUUAACUGCUUCUUGAUGAUGACUUACAUAUCAAACCGAAAAACAUCCACUGAAAUUAACAUUGCUGAUAUAUACAAGGAGUAUUAACUGUAGUGCCAGUGCCAUUGAUAGCUUUCUGUUCAGAAAGGCAAUAUUAUUUUAUUAACUUGCCGGGUAUUUGAUAAUAUGCAAGAAAUGGAAACUACAAUUUAUAUAUUUAUAGGUACAAUUUAUAUUUAAAGUUUAUCCAAGUCGAUUUCACUAAUCUAUGCAUUGUCAAACAACCCGUUGUAAGAUAAAUAGUAAUGGCAGUUCAUUAAGUAUUCUCCAUAAAGAAUAUAUCUGAGAGACAUUUGUCGGACUAAUUUGAUUGAUGACAUAUAAACUGAUUACCAUUGUACAUGUAAUAUAUGAUAUUAGCAUACUUAAGCACCUUGUAAAAUAUUUGUUUUGUACAGAGCACAAAAAUUCUAGCCUCAUGUUGCACCACAUAGAUCUGCUGGAUGCAUUUAUUAACUUCAGAACAUGAAGUUCAUUGAUAUUUUAGAGUUUAACAAUUUCCACCGAUAUAUUAAACUAAUUGAAGUUUAGUUGUUGGUGAAAUUACAAAAGCAAUUAUUUUUGUAACAGUUUCUAUUAAGAUAUCAUUUGUAUAUUUGUAUAAAGAGUACAUUCCAUUAGGAAUGGAAUACCAUAAAUAAAUAUUUAAAAUUACAAA